AUGGAUGAGGUGAUCAAAAUCAUGAAAGAUAAACUUGUUAUCAGUUCAAAGGAGGCAGAAACUCUGCAGGAAAACUUUAAAAAUACACAUUUAGAAUUUUUAUAUAACUUUAAAGACAAUCUAACAUAUUUGCCUUGCGGAAGGAGAUACACAGAUGAAGUUAAGGAAUUUGCUUUAACUCUCUACUUGUACUCACCAAAAGCGUACAAAUAUGUUAGAUCAAUAAUCCCUCCGCCAAACCCAUCUUUAAUCAGGAAAUGGUCCACUUCCAUUAAAUGCGACCCUGAAUUUAUUGAAGAAGUAUUUACAUCGCUAUCCAACCAAAUUGAUGCUUCCCCUAUAAAUAAGGACUGUUGUCUGGUUAUCAACGCUAUGGGAAUUCGCAAGCAAACAUUAUGGAACCCCAAGAAGGUCCAGUAUUCAGGUUUUGUUGAUCUUGGCAAUGAAAUUCCAAAUGUUCAGUGUGACAAACUGGCAUCUGAGGCAUUGGUUUUCCUCUUAGUUGGAACAAGAAGUCAUUGCAAAUGUCCAAUUGGAUACUUUUUAAUGAACAAAAUCUCAGCCAAAGACCAAGCGGUAUUGGUGUCAAAAUCCUUGGAAAAGGCUGCAAAGGCAGGUCUGAAGGUGUGGUCAGUGACAGCUGAUUGA